AUGUUUGAAAGUCUUGCUUCUCUCAAUACGGACACCUGGGCAAGUUCAUCCCAAGCCUACCUGGAUGACGAGAGUGUACUUGCCCUCGAAUACCAGGCAAAUCCGUACCAAAUCGACACACACGAGAUGUCUGGAAGGUGGCAUAAUGUGUGCAGGGGUAUAACAGAUAUUCUUUCCAAUCAGCCGAUUUCGGACACUGCAAGGUUCCCUGGCUUACCGUUUGGUAUUCAUGUCUGGGAUCCGCCGAAACGAGUUCUGCAUUUCCAGGAGGCAUAA